AUGUCCAGCGCGCAGGAGAAGGAACCAUCCUCCACCACGGCACUCCACGAAUUACCACCGAAUGAUGAGGGUCGCCCCGCGGUCUUUUCCUCCACCGUUCAGGAGAUCCUCUUUGUCGCCGUGGCCACCAUGGCCAUUGCCAUGUCCUCGCUCCUGACCGGCAGUGUCACCGUCCUCACCUCACAAGUACAGACGGAUCUGGGCAUGACCACCGCUGAACUCACCUGGCUAGCCGGUUCCUCCUCGCUCGCCUGUGGCUCCUUUCUCCUCUGCUUCGGCCGCCUGGCAGAUCUGUUUGGCCGCAAGACACUCUUUCUCGGCAGUCUCGUCUUCUAUGCUGUCUUCGCUCUGGGUGCCGGAUUCUCCCAGAAGCCCCUACAGCUGGACGUGCUGAACGGCGUGAUGGGUCUGAUGUCAGCUGCCUCGAUCCCGCCAGCGCAGGGGAUGCUGGCCAGCCUCUACCCGCGCCCGUCCAAGCGCAAGAAUCGGGUGUUUGCCUGUUUCAGCGCCGGCAAUCCUCUGGGUUUCGUGUUUGGCACCAUAUUCUCGGGUAUUGCAACCCAGCUGUUUAACUGGCGAGCGAGCUUCUUCUUGUUAGCGAUCAUUUACGUCGUGGUUGUGGCAGUCGCACUUUGGGUGGUGCCGACGGACCAUGGAGCCAAAGAGCCUAUGUCCCUCCUCGCUCUGAAAAAAUUCGACGUUGUCGGGACCAUUCUGACCAUCGCUGGGAUUGGCAUGUUUUCGGGCGCCUUGAGUCUUGGCUCGGAUGCCCCUUCUGGGUGGAAGACGCCAUACGUCCUCGUGCUACUCAUCCUGGGCGCGCUGUUCAUAAUUGGCUUCGUCUUCUGGGAGCGGUGGUAUGAGUACCCCCUGGUGCCCAUGUUCAUCUGGCGCGACCGGGACUUCUCCUUGGUCAUCACGAUUCUGCUGCUGGGCUUUCUCGCCUUUCCCAUCAUGACCUUCUGGAUCUCGCUGUUUCUGCAGGAACUCCGGCACUACUCCGCCCUCAUGGUGGCCGUGCACCUGCUCCCCAUGGCGAUUGGCGGCAUCCUGGUCAACAUUGUGGCGGGGCUCAUCAUGCAUCGGGUAUCAAACACGUUGCUCAUGACGGUCGGGGCCACGGCGUACACGGGGGCCUUCCUGCUCAUGGGGCUCCAGCAUUCGAGCAGCAGCUACUGGGCAUUCAUCUUCCCCGGGUUACUGCUGGCGGUGAUAGGGGCGGAUUUUCAGUUCUGCGUCGCAAACAUGUAUGUGAUGAGCGCAUUGCCAGCCGACCAGCAGAGUAUUGCUGGUGGCAUCUUGCAGACGGUGACCAAGCUGUGCGUGACGAUCGGGAUGGGCAUCAGCACGGCCAUCUUCGAUGCCGUCGAGGCGGGCGGGCCCACCAGCCAUGGGUACUUUGCCGGGGAUGCAAUCGCCCCGUACAGCGCCACCUUGCUCUACUGUGCUGGAAUAUCGGCCGUCGGCAUUCCCUUGUGUGCCUUUCUGCGUAUCGGAAGACAGGGACAUGGCGGGGAUGACAAGGCGCGGGCGGCGGUGGGGAAGCGAAGCAGUUGGUGUGGGCGACGCAGGACCAAGCAGGAAGCGAUCGAGGAUGAACAUAUGGGCUCGACAGUAUAGUCAAAAAAUGGGAGGUACCUCAUGUGUCUUGUAUAUUGUGUAAGUCGAGAAUUGAGAUCAAUGGGCCACAUAACUGUUGUAAACAUCCUACUAGGAUUUCCGAUAGGUACCAACCAUCCCCGAGGAUGUGCUGCAGGAGGGCAAUGACGUCACAGACGAAGGCGAGCCUUGUCCUAA